UACAUGUGAAAAGACAGGAAGCUGUAGACUGUUGUUCAGUAAUCUGCUUAACCUGCAUAUUCAAUGUGUGCAAGUGUAUUGCUAGAAUGGGACAAACUGUGGCCCUUGACAAAGCCUGUUUGCAUGUUGCUGUGGCUUUUGCCUUCAGCCUGGUAACUGUGAGCACAGGCAUGCUGGAUUCAAUCACCACAGAACUGGGCUACAGCCACUAUGCAGAAGCACCCGUUUCAUGGCUUCCACCUCUCCUCGCUAUGCCUUUUAACUCCCUUGUUAACCUUGGAUAUAUCUAUCUAGGCAUAUACUGGCUCACACAAGAUGAUAGGACAAUUGGAAUUAAAGACCAGAGAGGACACUAUAUGAAGAAUAUAUUUUCCUGGAUGGCUCUGGCAUAUGGUCCAGUCCAGUGGGUCAGAAUUUGGACACAAGGACACUGGGCUGCAGUGCUAGACCAAUGGUUUACAUUGCCUAUAUUUGCUUGGGUAAUCGUCUGGUGCAGCUCUAUCUUAAACAGUUGGAACAGCCAGCGUUUCAUUGCUAUGGAAAUCACAUCACUGAGUAGCUACAUUAUGGCAUUGCUGCACCCACAUGGAUUUGAGUUUGCUCUGUCCCUCCAUAUUUUAUUAGCAGUCGUUUCUGGUCUGAGGUUACAGAGCUGUCAUGGAGAUGCUUCUUCAAAAAAGUACUUGGUACUUGCAGUAAUCUCUUGCCUGGGCUUUGUGGGCAUGAAACUUCUUGACCACUGGUUGGCUAGGUUCUUCUUCUUUAAGAGGCUCACUGGUCACUUUUGGUCCAAAGUAUGUGAUGUCCUGCAAUUCCAUUUUGCCUUUUGCUUCCUUUGUCAUCUUGAUAAACAUCGACCUCUGAAGACACAGAGAAGCCAAAAUGCUAGAAUCAAAGGAGAUAAAUAAUAUGUCUAUUCUCUUGUUUUAUUUUAUGUUAAAGUUGCAUUUGAAUCUAAGAAUAUAAUGCAGGGUUUCUUUAAAGCAUGUAAUUUUUAAACAAAUCAUUUUCUUGUACUCAGUGCUUAACCCCAUAAAAGGGUUAAAUACAUAGUCAAAGUUGCAUUAUUGCAGAUGAGAAUUCAGCUAGUAAUUGGAGCAUACACAUGUAUGCCUGCGUCUGAUUGUUUCACCAGCUGUGUGAGCAUCUGUAGUGUCGCAGGAGCCCAAAUUGACUAGGUAUUUUAUUUCUUUGCCGGAGAUAAACGCAUACUAAAAUAAAGUUAUUUUUUUAAUAUAUGCUGUAAUGAAAUUAUGUGUUUUAUUUUUACACUAUGUACGUUUCUUUGUUAUUUCUACAAGAGGGCACUUUAUAAUUGAUGUUUCUGCACUGUUUUUGUUGUCUGCUUAUGUGUGUGUCACUAGCAACUUAUUGAGCUGUGGAACUUCUAUCAUAUGAACCAGCUAGGUACAGACAUGCACUUUCUGCUAGUUUGUUGAUGAUUGAUUGCUACCCACAUAUGCCAACCUCUAAUUAGCUAAAUAUUGUACUGGCUUUUGUGGGGGUUAAACACAUAGGUAUAGGAAAGUAAGAGAGCAAUAAGAAAACUCUCGAUCGCAUUUUUCUAUUACAACUAUUUCUCUUUAACCUUUUUCAAAUAAAAUAUAUAUAUUUUAA